GCAUUAGAAUGUGUCUGUAUGAUGUGCUAGGUCUGGACGAGGCGGAGAUGAGAGCGGAGGAGCGGUGGGAGGCAGCAAGAUGGCGUACCAGACUUUCCGGCAGGAGUAUAUGCAGAUCCCCCCAGUGACCAGAGCGUACACCACGGCUUGUGUGCUCACCACAGCUGUAGUGCAAUUAGAAAUCAUCACACCGUUUCAGCUAUAUUUCAACCCAGAACUGAUAUUUAGACAUUACCAGGUAUGGCGACUAGUCACAAACUUUUUGUUUUUUGGACCAGUUGGAUUCAAUUUUUUAUUUAAUAUGAUUUUUCUAUAUAGAUACUGUCGGAUGCUUGAAGAAGGAUCAUUUCGUGGUCGUACAGCAGAUUUUGUAUUUAUGUUCCUUUUUGGUGGCCUUUUAAUGACUAUCUUUGGCCUUUUUGUCAAUCUAGUUUUCCUUGGGCAAGCUUUUACAAUAAUGCUUGUGUAUGUAUGGAGUAGAAGAAAUCCUUAUGUUCGAAUGAACUUCUUUGGGCUUCUGAAUUUUCAAGCCCCAUUCCUUCCGUGGGUUCUCAUGGGCUUUUCAUUGUUGCUGGGAAAUUCAAUUAUCGUGGAUCUCUUAGGUAUUGCAGUCGGACACAUCUAUUUCUUUUUAGAGGAUGUGUUUCCUAACCAACCAGGAGGAGGAAGGAUUUUAAAAACUCCAUACAUUUUGAAGGCAAUAUUUGAUACACCAGAUGAAGACCCAAACUACAACCCACUGCCAGAAGAUCGUCCUGGUGGAUUUGCUUGGGGAGAAGGACAACGACUUGGUGGUUAAAUAAAAAGUUGCCAACAGGAGAAAGUGGCACACGGGAGAAUGCACAUUGCCCUGUUGCAGAGAUAACUUGAAGUUCUCCAGAACAGGAAGCACUUUAAAAUUCACUGACUGACACAAGGAGACAUUUUCAUUUUCCCACCAGUGCCUCCCAGUACAGGAUUGUUUGCAAUGGUACUUGAAGCUCUUGGGCCGUAAACUGGAAAUAUGGAAACCGAUACUAUUCAACCAGACCAUGCAGACUUAUCUGUUGCUUUUUUAACAUUUGUGUGUGUUUUCUUUAUUUUUGAUACAGAAAAGAGAUCAGUCUUUAAGGACACUGGCAAUGUCCUGAUUUUGGCAGUGUGCAACCACAGACUUUAAGCGCAGAGAAGCCUGUGCAAAAGCCAGUGGACUCCUUGCAAAUUAUGCACAAAAUGGGGGGUCACGCGACAACAGCCAUUCCUCUACUGUGUGACAGAACAAAAGAUGCUUAUUAUAUAUACAUGUGCUACAACCUUAGACCAACUUGUUCAAGCAGUGACACAAACCUGACUGUGCUGUCUGAUUUCUUGGUUUGAAUAUCAAAAUGGCAACUCAUUUUGUUAUUGCAUUUAAUUAGAAUGAUGGAGAUCUUGGAAAAGAUGGUGUAUUAUAAUAUAUUUUAUAUGCACAAUAAAGCCACUGAAGUUGUGCUUUUAA